CUUCCGCCGCCCGCGGGCCAGCGGCGGCAGCAGGAGAAGGAGGAGGAGGAGAAGGCGGCGGCGGGCGGCUCGGCGGGCCCGGGAGCGGCUCCAUGGCGACCGCGGCGGCGGAACCGGUGUACGGGCUCUCGGAGGACGAGGAGGAGUCUCGAAUCCUCCGGGUGAAGGUGGUUUCUGGCAUCGAUCUGGCGAAGAAAGACAUCUUCGGAGCCAGCGACCCGUAUGUGAAACUUUCCUUGUAUGUAGCAGAUGAGAACAGAGAACUUGCUCUUGUGCAGACAAAAACUAUCAAAAAGACACUGAACCCUAAAUGGAAUGAAGAGUUUUACUUCAGAGUAAACCCAACCAACCAUCGGCUCCUGUUCGAGGUGUUUGAUGAAAACAGACUGACCAGAGACGACUUCCUGGGCCAGGUGGAUGUGCCGCUCAGUCACCUCCCGACUGAAGACCCAACUAUGGAGAGGCCAUACACAUUUAAGGAUUUCCUCCUCAGACCAAGAAGCCACAAAUCUCGCGUGAAGGGUUUCUUGAGACUGAAGAUGGCGUAUAUGCCCAAAAAUGGUGGCCAGGAGGAAGAAAACAGUGAUCAGAGGGAUGACUCUGAGCACGGCUGGGACGUGGUGGAUCCCAGCGAUGCCGCAUCCCAGCGCCAGGAGGAGCUGCCGCCUCCCCCGCUGCCCCCCGGCUGGGAAGAGAAGGUGGACAACCUGGGGCGCACCUACUACGUGAACCACAACAACAGGAGCACCCAGUGGCACCGGCCCAGCCUCAUCGACGUGGGAUCCGAGUCAGAUAACAACAUCAGACAGAUAAACCAAGAGGCGGCUCACAGGCGGUUCCGCUCCCGCCGCCACAUCAGUGAGGAUUUGGAACCGGAGCCUGCGGAGAGUGGAGACAUUCCUGAGCCUUGGGAAACCAUUUCAGAGGAGGCAAGUGCCAGUGGGGAUUCCUUAAGCUUGUCACUGCCACCUCCUCCUGCAUCUCCAGUGUCCCGGACCAGUCCUCAGGAGCUGUCUGAGGAGCUGAGCAGAAGACUCCAGGUCACUCCUGAUUCCAAUGGGGAACAACUCGGCUCUUUGAUUCAAAGAGAACCUUCUUCACGACUGAGGUCCUGCAGUGUGACAGACACAGUCGCUGAACAGUCCCAGUUAUCCCUGCAGAAUGGUCCCUCUAGGAGAGCUCGUUCUUCAACUGUCACAGGGGGAGAGGAGCCAACGCCUUCUGUGGCUUAUGUGCACACCACGCCGGGCUUGCCUUCGGGCUGGGAGGAGCGCAAGGACGCCAAGGGCCGGACCUACUACGUCAACCACAACAACCGGACCACAACGUGGACACGGCCCAUCAUGCAGCUCGCCGAGGACGGCAUGGUGGGGCCGGGCGCCAGCAGCAGCAACCACCUGAGCGAGCCGCAGAUCCGGCGGCCCCGCAGCCUCAGCUCGCCCACUGUCACCCUGUCUGCGCCGCUCGAGGGCAUGAAGGACUCUCCGGUGCGCAGGGCAGUGAAGGACACCCUGUCCAACCCUCAGUCCCCACAGCCGUCCCCCUACAACUCGCCCAAGCCCCAGCACAAGGGGGCCCAGAGCUUCCUGCCCCCGGGCUGGGAGAUGCGCAUCGCCCCGAACGGCCGCCCCUUCUUCAUCGACCACAACACCAAGACCACCACCUGGGAGGAUCCACGGCUGAAGUUUCCGGUGCACUUGAGAUCCAAAGCGUCUCUGAACCCCAAUGAUUUGGGCCCUCUUCCUCCUGGCUGGGAGGAAAGAAUACACCUGGAUGGAAGAACAUUUUAUAUAGACCAUAGAAGCCAGGUGUUGAUAUGUGGAGACAUUGAUACCAGAGACUUAGUGCCCUCCUACGAUAAUAAAAUUACCCAGUGGGAAGACCCCAGGCUGCAGAACCCAGCCAUCACGGGCCCAGCAGUGCCGUACUCCAGGGAGUUCAAGCAGAAGUACGACUAUUUCCGCAAGAAGUUAAAGAAACCUGCUGACAUACCCAACAGAUUUGAGAUGAAAUUACACAGAAAUAACAUUUUUGAGGAGUCCUACAGAAGAAUCAUGUCUGUGAAGAGACCUGAUGUACUAAAAGCCAGGCUCUGGAUUGAAUUUGAGUCAGAAAAAGGACUUGACUACGGAGGUGUGGCCAGAGAAUGGUUUUUUCUCUUGUCCAAGGAGAUGUUUAACCCUUACUAUGGUCUCUUUGAAUACUCAGCAACGGACAACUAUACACUUCAGAUUAAUCCUAAUUCAGGUCUCUGUAACGAAGACCAUCUGUCGUACUUCACGUUCAUCGGCCGGGUGGCCGGCCUGGCUGUGUACCACGGGAAGCUGCUGGACGGCUUCUUCAUCAGACCGUUCUACAAGAUGAUGCUGGGGAAGCCCAUAACGCUGAAGGACAUGGAAUCAGUGGACAGCGAAUACUACAACUCUCUGAAGUGGAUCCUGGAAAAUGACCCUACAGAGCUGGAUCUCAUGUUUUGCAUAGACGAGGAAAACUUUGGACAGACAUAUCAAGUGGACCUGAAGCCCAACGGGUCCGAAAUCAUGGUAACGAAUGAAAACAAGCGGGAAUACAUUGACCUGGUCAUCCAGUGGCGGUUUGUCAACAGAGUGCAGAAACAAAUGAAUGCCUUUCUGGAGGGAUUCACAGAACUGCUUCCUAUUGAUCUGAUUAAAAUUUUUGAUGAAAAUGAGCUGGAGUUACUGAUGUGUGGCCUUGGCGAUGUCGAUGUCAACGACUGGAGACAACACACCAUCUACAAAAAUGGUUACUGCCCAAAUCAUCCCGUUAUCCAGUGGUUCUGGAAGGCUGUUCUGCUGAUGGAUGCUGAGAAGCGGAUCCGGCUCCUGCAGUUUGUGACCGGGACGUCACGUGUGCCUAUGAACGGAUUUGCUGAACUUUACGGUUCAAAUGGUCCUCAACUGUUUACAAUAGAGCAGUGGGGAAGUCCUGAUAAGCUGCCCCGGGCUCACACCUGCUUUAACCGCCUAGACUUACCUCUGUACGAAUCUUUCGAGGACCUGCGGGAGAAGCUCCUCAUGGCCGUGGAGAACGCCCAAGGGUUUGAAGGGGUGGAUUAACUUUGCAGCACCCAUUCCCUCUCCAAGCACGUUCUGCUGGCUUUGGCACCUGCCCGAGGGACUCGGAGGGCUUGUGGCAUGGCAGCUGCCCGGUGCUGGGCUCUGGAGCAGCCCCCGGCAGGGUCCCCGAGGCUGGGACUGUCACCUGGGGUGGCCUUGCUGAUGUUCCCGCACCAGUUGCGAACUGAUCACGUUUCAGCAGGACUUACUCUAUUUAUGUUGUGCCUCUGUAGGCAAAGCCCUUAAUAAAUAUUUUACACAAUUUU